AUGAGCCAUAAAGGACGGCAGGGAAGGAUGAGCGAGUGUUCUGGGGCAGCUGUUUCCGGGGCAGUGAUCCUGGAGGAACCUGAGGGUUCAGGGGCCUCUGGGGGCCGCGGUGAAGGCCAAGCACAGGGUCAAGGCCCCCUUCGCUGUGCAGUUUGGCCUCGCCAGCAGACAUGGCUGUGUGUGGUCCCCUUACUUAUUGGUUUUAUUGGUCUUGGAUUGAGCCUGAUGUUGCUGAAAUGGAUUGUUGUUGGCACAGUUAGGGAUUACGUGCCAACUGACCUGGUGGAUGCUAAUCGUAUAGGCCAGGAUCCUAUAUUCCUCUCCAAGCCAAGUGGGAUUCCCAAAGGUCCCGAUACCACCACCACCACAACUACUCCCACAGUUGAUGGUGGGAACCCCACACCUAGAACUGUCACUGCCGCCAAAGGUAGAACUCGCUCCACAGCUACCACCACUACUAUAAACCCUAGAGGAGGGGGUGCCUCAGGUAGCCAAGUAACACCUCGGAAUCCUGGACAUCGUAAUGGACGCGGACCUUCGAGUUUUACUACAACCACUGCAGCACCACGGACAACCUCCACAAUUGGAGUGGGGACUUCUAGUCCCUCACCGUCGAAUCCAACUGUACUCCAUGACUCAACGCAGAUGUGGACCCCGGAGCAUACUACGACUGAGACCGUCUCCACCACGCUUUCCACGCGUACGCAUGGCCACCGCAAAACACCAUCUCCAACAGUCCCUCCGCUGCAUUCGGAGCAUUUCAAACCCUGUCAUGAGAAGGACUUGGCCUACUGCCUGAAUGGUGGAGAAUGUUUUGUCAUUGAGACGCUCAGUGGACCUCACAAGCACUGCAAGUGUCGAGAAGGCUACCAGGGAAUCCGCUGUGACCAGUUUCUACCUAAGACGGACUCCAUCCUGUCUGACCCAAUUGAUCACUUGGGCAUCGAGUUUAUGGAGAGCAAAGAGGUGUACAAGAGACAGGUGCUGUCAAUCACCUCCAUCGCCAUGGCAAUCAGCCUCCUGGGAACACUUUGCAUGGCCCUGUACUGCCGCAACAAGAGGCGCAGAGAAAAGCUCCAGGCGCACUUGAAGGAAAGUCGCACUUUGAAAAACUACACCACUAAUUCCCAUAAUGCCUUGGAUGGCAAGAUGAGGGCUCCUAACACCAACCUGCAAAUGCAUGAGUAUUGCAAACGGCCAUCCCAGCCUCGCCCGGGUAAUGUUUGCGAGUCCAGGUUUGCACACUGCAACAUAUCCACUACGCUGCCCAACAGCUCUCGAGGCACAGCAAAACAUCACAGAAGCGGUUCCUUGUCUCACAUCUCAGAUCAGAGAACCAGGGCGACCCAUUGGUCAGCUCCACGAAGGACCCCACCCAUUCCCAGGGGAAGGCUAAAUCCGAUUGGAGGAUCCAAGUAUUCAGGCCCUGCCUACCAACAUCUUCAGGAAGUAGAUGCAUCUGAGAAGGAGGCAGAAGCACAGAGAGGGUGCCAAAUGCAGGGAGAGAUCCAGUGUGAUGACCCCAGACGAGAUUCCUUCCUUCACAUUCAAACUCCAGUUUCCUAUGAGACAACUCAAGCAUCCCCCUGGAGAGGCCACAUCGAGGUGCGUUCAGGUCUGUGCAUUUCAUCUGAGGACAAUGAUCUGAAUCCUGCAACGCGCAGUCUGCGCAGGCCUGGACGCCGCCACAGCCACUCCCCGCCUCCACCUUUCCGCUCUUGCUCCAUCCCAAUCAUCCCCUCGGUUCAGUGUCACCAUGACAAUGAGGUGUCCUGUAUGCAAACCAGCACAGCCACAACAACGAUGUCAGUCAACAGCAGAGCCAUGACCUCCAAGGACGAGCGAACAGAGAAGGCGGCACAAGCUACGUUCUCUUCUUCUUCCUGCUCGUCUGCCAUCGGCCAACAGCAUGAUGAGGUCGCGUUGCUGCUGGAGGAGGCGCAGGAGCAGCUCAGGGCAUUGGCGUUGGCCCACAGGAAGCAAGAUGAGGGCGGGGCCACCAUCAGCAGCAGCAACGGGGGCUUGACAACUGCGCUGGUGGAGGCCAGAGAAACUGUUUGUUUCCUAAACCUAAGCGGAGGAAGUGCUGGGGUGCUAAGCUGUAACGGACCCACGCAGACGCAGUUACUUAGCCCCAGCCUAUCACACAGAGACCUGGGCCAAAGCGGCCAAUGAGAGGACGAGAUUCAGGAUGUUCACUUUCAGUUUGACGAUGUUUGACAGACUCUGGUGUUCUGCUUCUGUGGGACAGACAUGGAAGUGCCCAAUUAGAAAAAAAUGUAAAAUCAUGGAAAUUCAGAAAAUGUGCUGAUAUUAUGCAUACUGUGUGGAGACAAACAUGAUAACUCUUCUGGAGUGGCCGCCUUUACACCAACUGACAGGAAGAAGAAAAAAACAUAUUUACAUGCAUUUAAUUACAAAACAAGACGAACACUUCUACUUAGGCAAAAAGAAACCAAAUAGUCUGUCAAAUCCAUGGUGUUUUUAAUUGUACAAAGUAUAUAUAAAUAUAUAUAUAAAUAUAUAUGGAUAUAAAUAUAUGGAAUUCAAAAAGUGACCAAGUACAAAGUCGAAGAACACAGGAAUGAUGUAACUAUUUUUGUUUCUCUCUUUAAUUUUUCUCCCUUUUUGUAUUAACUCACAUUUUUUUAGUUAUUGCUCAAUACUAACGAAAGAACUUAUUUAGGCGUCCCGCCGCACGUCCACAGUCGUCGGAUUCUGCGAGCCUACACAGAAUCCAAAAUGGCCGACGAGGAGGAAAGCGUCUCCACUCGAGUGUCUCCCCUCUUGCCUUUUGAAGAACUGUCAACGCAGCCAAGAAUUACUGCACACUCCUCUGGAUUGAGAAUUUACAACACAAAACAAAAACACUUGGGCUUUGUGUGUGUGUGUGUGUGUGUGUGUGUGUGUGUGUGUGUGUGUGUGUGUG